UUGACAAUUACAUAACCUCAAACACUACGUUCAAUGUUCGAUACGAUAAUAUAAAUAAAAUUACAUAUUUAACGAAAGAUGUCGAAAAUUAUUCCGUUAAUUCAGUUGAUAUCAAAGCGAACCAUUUCUGUGUCAGCACCAAGGGAAGGGAAAAGAAAUUUCCGUAAAUUUGUGGUUGCAAAUAAGAGAGGGAGCAGAUUGCAUAAACAGAAGCAAAACAGUUUGAAUCCAGAGUUGCCUGUCGAUAAACGAGGAGUGCGAGACACGGGAUACAUCCUGAACGGCCGCUUCGUCACUGUCCCCGAGAUGAUCCCGGAACUUAUCGUACCGGACCUCAAAGGUUGUGAUCUAAAACCCUAUGUUUCCUACAAAGCGGCAGAUGUUAUACAAAGCGAAUUUACUCCGCAACAGCUUUUUGACGCGGUAUAUAGCAAGAAAAUUGUCACAGAUUUUAAACAAGGAAAGUUAGACAAAGAUGGAAAGCCUCUUGAGCCAUCAGAGGAUGAAAAAUUGGAGCCUGAAGAAGCUGUAGCCAGAGCAAAGAGAACAGGCUCUGAUAUUUUUUAGGUUUUAAUGCUUUUGUAGUCCGUUUUAAGUAGUUAAGUUAAAUGUACAAAAUAAAUAGUGACGCUGUUAUCAAUUA